UGGCUUGGCUGUUGUACUUUGCGUCACCUCGGGUGCAAACCAGCACGACCUGCAGGUUUGGAAGCAAUUCGCGUCAUCGAUGUAUACGAGCGAACGGUUCAACCUUUGCCUAUGAAUGACGAAUACUUGGCGCUGAGUUACGUCUGGGGUAAAUCUGAGCAGCCGAAGGUCUCAGAAUUUGGCUCGCUGCCAGGAGCUCUCCCUUUGACUAUUGAGCAUGCCAUGAUAGUUGUUCGAUCAUUAGGUCAUCGGUAUCUAUGGGUUGAUUCAGUUUGCAUCGACCAAAGUAAUGCUGUCGACAAGCACGAGCAAAUACUAUUGAUGGGGAGAAUCUACCGGGGAGCUUAUUCUACUAUCAUCGCUCUCGGCGGUGCAACCGCGAAUAGCGGUAUUCACGGCGUCGAACAGCAACCGAAGAGGACGCCGCAAAUUGAGGCUCACUUUGGAGAACACCGGCUAGUCUCUAAACAUCCCAGCCUAGAAGAGGAAUUAAAAAGAUCGGUGUGGAUGACACGCGCGUGGACAUACCAAGAAGGCCUCAUGUCGAGUCGAUGCAUCGUGUUUACAGAACAUCAGGUGCAUUUCGUCUGCAAUGGGAUGCAGUGCUCCGAA